UAGGAGUGUGGACCACGGCGGCGCUUGAGGACUUUAUUUGCAGAGUUUCGAGGGACGCUGAGCGGAAUGACUCUACUGAGGACCCAUGAGUGCAGCUGAGGUUUAGAUGUUGAUCACAUCCCGGUUUCUGCUGUGACCCCAGGUUCGCCCAAUAUUCAGGCGUGUAAAAGAGCCCGAUGGUGGGACGACAGACGCUCCGGAUGGACGGCGGUAACUGCUCCACUGCCGUUCUCGAUGACAGCCCCUCAUCCAGCCCCGGGUCGAGCCCGAGCCCGGACGGUCGUCGCCGUGACCUGCAGCGGGCCCGCGGUGGGCUCCAGGCCGGGCUCGGAGGCAGGGGACGGCCGGCGGCGGCAAACGCGGCGCGGGAGAGGAGCCGAGUGCAGACGCUGAGGAACGCUUUCCUGGAACUCCAGCGGACUUUACCCUCCGUGCCCCCGGACACCAAACUAUCCAAACUGGACGUGUUGAUAUUGGCCACCACUUACAUCGCCCAUCUGACCCGAACCCUGCAGGAGGAGGGAGCCGAGGAGGGAGAGGCGUCGAAGCACAGCGAGGCGCUGCAGUCGCUGAGGGGAGAGGGAUACCUGCACCCGGUCAAGAAAUGGCCGAUGCGCUCCAGACUGUACGUGGGAGCCAGCGGUCAGUUCCUCAACAACCCGUCAGACUCAGAGAACCAACCUUCAUCAUCAUCUUCCUCCUCCUAAUCCACCACCUUCCCCUCUGCAUGCCGAGAGAAGACGCUUUAAUUUAUUAUUUUGCGGGACUGCAGCUCCGAACACGCCCGCUGCUGCUGGAGGAGAAUUCCGCGUCACGCCUGAGAUGCGCA